AUGGGCGAUCGCGUAACAUUAGCGCAAAAGCUUGUCGACAGUUAUCGUACAAAGGCCAUCGAGCUUUUGGUGGAUUACCUCCAGAACAAGGAUAUUCGCACAGACGCCGAGCAGUACAUAGGGCAACACGAUCCUUCCCCAGCAAGGCUUGAUACGACAUUUGAGCAGCACCAUGGGCCCUUGCCGACACGUUCGCACCAUCGUAACGUCUCUCAACCCUCAGGAGCGGCCCGACAGAACAUCUCGAAUGCCAAGCACAGCUUGGACACUCCAUCCAACAGCGCAGGCUCAGUCAAGUCGCAUGCUUCCAGCAAGGCUGCUGCGGGCAUAGAAAAGAUAUUAUUUCUAUCAGGCGACGACGAAGGCACAGAUGUACCAGUAUUUUCCAGGCGCGCGACAGGGAAAUACAACUUGAUCAAAGACCAAGUCGCAUACGGUCGCGGCCUAGGUGCAGGUAAAUUUGUGGUGGAUGAGUCGGUGGUGCCUGUGCAUCACUCAUCCGGUCGCCAGACAUGGGAAAAUGUGAGGUUCGCCGUCAACCUCACCUGGCACCGUCCCAAUGACUGGUCUACAAAUGUGGACACGUUCUACAUCGUCCCAGCGAGAUCGCUCGACUGCGAUGUCAUUUGGGGAUCCGAUGGAGCUAUGGAACCCCAGUUUCCCUCAGACGUUCAAGAUGCACAAUCACCGCAAGCGCGCUAUCCACAACCCUUUGGAAGAGUAGAAGAACUCGACCCAACACCACCUCCACAUGCGCCUACGGCGCCCUUGUAUGCCUAUCAACAAUCCUCUCUACCACCGCCUGCUGUCCAACGGACAUACGAACGUGUGCAGGCCAUGCGCGACAAUCAACGUAUGCACACGGCUGACCCAUCUACUUCGGCUACUCAGCCGAAGCAUGUAGACCGUGGUCAGCCAACACAAACGAUUACCCCCCUUGCAACUCAAGAGGGCUCAAACGGCCAACUUUAUGUAAUCGGUUUGUGGGACAAAACACCAAUAAAGAUGUCGUUCGAUCCAAGCGAUACGGGAGAAGCCUUUUACCAAGCCUUUCAUCAAUGGGCCGUAAAACGAAAAAAUGUGGAUGAUCUUGAUCGACAGGGAGUGACGCUGAUGCUCAAGGCAAACAAGAACGCGCCCGACGAUGAAGCUUACGAACUCGGUCUCGAGGAAAGUGAACUAGAGAUGCUCUGGGAGACAGCUGUGGAAUGGAUACAGGAGAACAAAAAUCCAAAGGCACCACAUCUCUUCGCGACAGUAAAAUUCGAAGCGCGAUGA